GCAGCGACGACGACGUACGCGGGUGAUCUGAUCGUCGAUCGGAGGAUCAGCGCUAGCCAGUCAGUCUAUAGUGUACUGUGGUAUCUAGCUAGCUAGGCCAGGAUGGCGGCCAUUUGGCUGCUGCUAGCAUGCUUGAUCGCCGCGUCUUUGGCCGGCGCCGGCGCCGGCGACGGGGGGAGCCGGAGCCAGGUGUACGUCGUGUACAUGGGCGCCGUGCCGGCCCGGACCUCCCCCAACCUCCUGCUCGAGAGCCACCUGCGCCUCGUCGGCACGGUGCUCAAGAGGGGGCAGCGGGCGGACAGCGUGGUGCUGCGGCAGUACAGGCACGGCUUCUCCGGCUUCGCGGCGCGGCUGUCCAAGGACCAGGCCGCCGCGCUCCGCCGCAGGCCCGGCGUCGUCUCCGUCUUCGCCGACCCGGUGUACCAGCUCCACACCACCAGGUCCUGGGACUUCCUGCAGCAGGCGGCCGUCAAGAUCGACGCCGCCGCCCGUCGCCGUGCGGCCCGCAAGGCCGCCGGCGACCCCUCCUCGUCGUCGUCCCCCGCGGCCGCGACGGCGGACACCAUCAUCGGCCUGCUCGACUCCGGCAUCUGGCCGGAGUCGCCGAGCUUCAGCGACGCUGGAUUCGGGCCCGUGCCCGCCCGGUGGAAGGGCGUCUGCAUGACCGGGGACGACUUCAACUCCUCCAGCUGCAACAAGAAGUUGAUCGGGGCAAGGUACUACGACAUGGACGACGUGAGGGGCCCCUCGCAGAGCGGCGGAGGCGGCUCGCCGCGGGACGACGUCGGCCACGGCACGCACACGUCGUCCACGGCCGCCGGGAGCGCGGUGGCCGGCGCCUCGUACUACGGCCUCGCCCCGGGGACCGCCAAGGGCGGCUCCGCCGCGUCGAGGGUCGCCAUGUACCGCGUCUGCUCGGAGGAGGGCUGCGCGGGGUCCGCCAUCCUCGCCGGCUUCGACGACGCCGUCGCCGACGGCGUGGACGUCCUCUCCGUCUCCCUGGGCGCGUCGCCCUACUUCCGCCAGGACUUCUCCGCGGACCCCAUCGCCAUCGGCUCGUUCCACGCCGUGGCCAAGGGGAUCACCGUCGUGUGCUCCGCCGGCAACUCUGGCCCGGCGGCCGCCACCGUGGUCAACGCCGCGCCGUGGAUCCUCACCGUCGCCGCCACCACCAUCGACCGCGACUUCGAGUCCGACGUCGUGCUCGGUGGAAACAACAGCGCUGUCAGAGGUGGAGCCAUAAACUUCUCUAACUUGGAUAAAUCCCCGAAGUAUCCAUUGAUCACUGGUGCAGCAGCAAAGUCGAGCUCAGUUUCCGAUGCUGCCUCAGCUAGCCACUGCGAGCCCGGCACGCUGGACAGAGGCAAGGUCCAAGGGAAGAUCGUGCUGUGCAACCACUCGCAGGGCGACACGUCGAAGCAGGUGAAGGCCGACGAGCUGAAGAGCGCCGGAGCGGUGGGGUGCAUCUUCGUGAACGACGCCGAGCUGGCGGUGGCCACCACCUACCUCGACUUCCCGGCGACCGAGGUCACCUCGGCGUCCGCCGCGGCCAUCCGCAAGUACAUCGCCUCCACCAGCCAACCGGUGGCGACGAUCACGCCGGCGGCCACCGUGACGGAGUACAAGCCGGCGCCCGUGGUGGCCUACUUCUCGUCGCGGGGCCCGUCGGCGCAGACCGGGAACGUGCUCAAGCCAGACGUCGCUGCCCCGGGGGUGAACAUCCUGGCGUCGUGGAUCCCGACGUCGUCGCUCCCGGCGGGGCAGACGCAGGCCUCGCAGUUCAAGCUCGUCUCCGGGACGUCCAUGGCGUGCCCCCACGUCGCCGGCGCCGCCGCGACCGUCAAGGCGUGGAACCCCACGUGGAGCCCCGCCGCGAUCCGGUCGGCCAUCAUGACCACAGCGACCCAGCUGGACAACAACCAUGCUCCGAUGACGACGGACUUCGGGUCGCCGGCGACGCCGUACGACUACGGCGCCGGCCAGGUGCACCCGACCGGCGCGCUGGACCCCGGGCUGGUGUACGAGGCCGGGGAAGACGACUACCUCCACUUCCUCUGCAACUACGGCUACGACGCGUCCAAGAUCAAGCUCAUCGCCGCCUCGCUCCCUGGCGGGUUCUACUGCGCGGCGAACGCGAGCACGGGCCUCAUCUCCGACCUCAACUACCCGUCAAUCGCCGUGUCGGGGCUCGGCAAGGCCGCGGGCGGCGGCCGGACGGUGACCCGCGCCGUCACCAACGUCGGGGCGCAGGAGGAGGCCACCUACACGGUCGCCGUCAGCGCGCCGGCCGGCCUGGACGUGAAGGUCACGCCGAACAAGCUCGAGUUCACCAAGGGCGUGAAGACGCUGGCCUUCCAGGCGAGCUUCUCCGGCGGGAAAGACGCGGCGGCGAAGAAGGGCGCCAUGUCGGGCUCCAUUACAUGGUCGGAUGGAAAGCACAUGGUUCGCAGCCCAUUUGUGGUGACCAGCUGAAACUGAAUGUCACAUGUAGUAGAAAACUGUCAAGUAUCAUGGAUGCUGCAGUGGUCAAGCAAUGCUGUGAACUGUGAUCAACAUAAAGGAUAUGAUGCUGACAACUAGUAGUGGCAACUAUAGAAGAUUCUGAAGCUGGGUCAUUGGCAA